AUGGAAGACAAAAGCAUAUCAAGAGAACUCGAGCCGAGCGAGCUCAGAAUUAUUCGAACACUUCUCCGGAUUACCGACAAGAUACCCAUUCUGGAAAAAUUCCGCAGGUCGGUUGAGGGCAAGGACAAAGUCCCCAUCAAUCGUGAAGACAGCUCCAACAUACGGCUGUCGAAGUUUCGGAAAACCCCGGGAAAGAUGUCCCGCUUGGAGACAUUCCACAUGUUCCCGAAACUCCCGCGGGAGUUGAGAGGUAUGAUCUGGCGUUACGCCGCGUGGGCGCAGGACCGAUUCGUGGAAACGUAUCGCCUACGCAGAAUCAAGUCAGCUCCCUGCCCUGUCUUGUUCCUUACUUGUAAGGAGGCUAAAUUCUGGACGACCGAUCUGUACAAGAGAGUCAAGAACGGGGACCUUAUUUAUGGAAGGAUCAUGCCGGCUUUUCGUAUUGCAAGGGGACCAGUUAUUUCGUUUGAAAACGAUAUCAUGAUGAUCGGUGACUGGCACCUCUGGAAUUCAUCCUCGACCCCUUUCCCAAAAGAGGUGGCCAUCCUUCAAGCAGAAGGGAAAUCCCUUCGACCGAUCCAUAAACGCAUCAAGGCUCGGAGCAAACGGGGCUUCCACCGAGUCGCAGUGCAGCGUCCGCACCACGUGCAUCCCGAAUUGAUAUUUUACAAGAAUGCACGUAAACAUUUAACUACAUUCCAAAUGUACGGCGGACACAAUAACUGGGGUUGGACUUGGGCAAACGACAUCGAAGAGGUAUGGGCUAUCGAUGAAGUCCAUAACUAUAUCGAUGCUAGCUUCAAAGCACACGUCGCUCGUGUUUCCCCAACAGUCCCCGGCGAUGACUGUUCCUGUUCCCUCUGCGAGCGGGCUGAUGCUGCGACUGCGAAAUGGAUUCCUAUUCCAUAUCACAAGCCUAGCGCUUGUGAUAUUGAGGAGCAUGAGAGAAUCUUUGAAACGAUUGGCGCCUUCGAUAAUUGGGUAGCUAGUAUGUGA